UAAUAUAUUAUGAUGAAUAAUCAGCAAGGUCUAAGGAUAUUUAAUACAAAAAUUACAAAAAAUAACUCCUGGACGUUUUGCAAUAAGUGAAGUAAUUCUUGGAUCAAAUAUUGCCUCACGAGUUUUAUGGAGUGACCACCGAGAAAUCCCAGUUUAAAUCUCUUCGAUAAAUUUGCUAAAAAUCAUUACAAGAAACAUGCAAAUAAUGUUUUAAAUAUUAACGUGAACUCAGCCAUAUGAAAUAAAUUUACUGAACGUAAUCCAAUCUUAAUGUUUAAUGUCGCGUAUAUUUCCUGUGGAGUAUAAAUGUUGGACCGACUGAGGGUAGCUUUCAUUCAGUCAAAUAUCUCACUAAAGAUACCGUUUCCUUUUCUCUCUAUCUUCUUUAUAAAUAAAUACAAAUAUGCAAACCAAAAGCAGCAACACAUGCCAAAAACUCACCCUCCUGGUAUUGCUAUCUCUUAUGCUAUCAGUGACGAUUCUGCAAGGGAAAGUUGCUAACUGUAGACCCCUACCGCAGUGCUGCAGGCGAUUCGUGUUUUCGCCUGCGUGUAGAGGAGUAGCAGCCAAACGCAACUUACCUGUAUCAGUUAUAGAGGACAACGUAAUCCGUGAUCCAAGGUUCUUCGCAGCAGAUCUUGAUUAUGCUAGCGACAACGACUUUAAAAAUGCUCUAGUUGAAAAUAUUGGAAGCAUGACCCGUUUGAAAAUGGAAGCAGAAGAACAUGGCGAGUAUGCAAGUUAAUGUCUUAUAAUAUGUAAUAAGAUAGCAAGGGAGACUCUUUAAUAGGAAAAAUAAAAAGUGUUAUCAGUCAAU